GGGGGGUUGGCAGAUAAACAGCAAGAUUGGAGGACAACUGGUGGUACAGAAUGAGCCUCCCACAGCUGAGCACAUUGCUCCAAACGGAGUUCUGCUGUUGAAAUGGCGUUAAUAGCCCACAGUAUCUUCUUAUGUGUAGUUUUCCUAGAUACAGGAUGGGGAAGCAAGCCUACUGCCGAUCACAGUGUCUGCAAAACAGAAAAGAGAAGUGCCGAUUGCAAUGGGAGGUGGCUGGACACUGUCCCAGCAGACUUGCCUGCUGGAACAGAGGAACUUCUUCUGGAUGCCAAUGCCAUUCAGACUCUAAGGAAUGCUUCUCUGGGGCAGUAUCAAUUCCUGCAGAGCCUCAGACUGUGCGAGAAUGGGUUGGAGGUCAUUGAACCUGGGGCCUUCCUUGCCAGCAGAAGGAUUAGCUUUCUCUUCAUGGCCAACAAUGCUCUCUUCAUGAACUAUUCCAUGACAGCAGCUGCUCUAUGGUCUUUGCCUGCCCUGAGGAAGCUAGACCUAUCAGGAAACCAACUCACAGAGGAUAUGAUGGCCACGUUGAUACAACAAUUAUCCUCCUUAGAAUCCUUGUCUGUGGCCAGGAAUGCCAUUAUGAGGCUGGAUGACUCUCACUUCAAAAACUUGCCCUACCUGAAGGAGCUGGAUUUGCAGCAGAACUACAUCUUUGAGAUUGAGAUUGGUGCCUUCGAAAGUUUACAAGGGCUGCAGUUUCUUAAUCUGGCCUACAACUACAUGCCUUGCAUUGUGGAAUUUGACCUGACCCAACUCCGAAUACUCAAUGCCAGCAACAACCGCAUCGAAUGGUUCCUGGCUGCAGACAAUGAUUCUGCCUUUAAACUAGAAACACUAGAUCUUUCCCACAACCGGCUCCUGUUCUUCCCACUGUUGCCCCGGCGAAAUAAACUGCAAACUCUGCUGCUUACACACAAUAAGAUAAGCUUCUAUGGCAAACUUUUCAAUGAUUCAGAGAGUACAUUGCAGCUGCAGUCACCAUAUGACAAUAUCACCAAUGUCACCACCAUUAACCUUUGGGAAGAGAUUAGCUACGGCGUCCUCUCUUUCCUGAGCAUUCUUGACAUGAGCUGGAAUAGGCUUCAGUACCUGCCUGAGAGAUUUUUUGAAGGGAUGGCUUCCCUCGGUCACCUGAAACUCAGUCACAACUGCUUAGAAACACUGCACAUUCAUGAGAGGGAAUCACUAGACUCUCUUGUUGAUUUGGAUCUCAGCUACAAUCGGCUUUCGAAUCUGCAGAUGAACUUGGGUCCUGGAAUGUCUUUACCUAACCUCAGAUGGUUUAAUCUAAGCACCAAUAGACUGCACGGCUUGCAAGCUGAAAUUUUUACGCAUACACCAAUGAUCACUACAGUUGACCUCAGUAACAACCCAAUAGAAAUGUGUGCCCUACAUGGAAGCACAACUGGUGCUGGAAGUCUCAGCUGCAUAGAUAUCAGAAAUGCUGGCUCCUUGAGGAAUCUCUACUUGGCUGGUUGUAACCUCAAAGUGCUGGGCAGCCAUGUCUUUAGGGGUACCUUCUUAGUACAGUUAGAUCUUUCUGACAAUCCAAGUGCACUACUCAGUGGCCUGCUACCUCUGCAAGAUGUGGCACCGUCCCUGCAGGUGCUGUCUCUCAGGAACACUGGCCUCUCUGCUGCAAGCAUAAAUGUGGACUUUUCUGCCUUUCAGAAGCUCAAAAUCCUGGACCUGUCUGAAAACUCUCUGGCCAGCUUCCCUGAGUCAUUAAUAGGCUUGAGACUGAGCAUGCUUGAUCUCAGGAGAAAUUGCCUCCAUACACUACCUCAACAUGCCAUGCAAAAUCCACUUGGGAAAAGUUUGCAUGUGAUCUACCUCAGCAGGAAUCCCUAUGAUUGUUGCAGCCUGGGAUGGUGGGAUGUCCUUCGCAGCUUCAGCACUGUACACAUUGCAGACAUGAGUGAAGUCACCUGCAACUACUCCUCCAGGUUAAUCAAUGCAGCAAACCUACCAGAACUGGUCCUUCUGAGUUGCAAGUGGGUCACAACAGAUAUCAUUUUGCUUUAUCUGGUGCUGGUUCUUCCCACUUGUUUCGCUCUGCUGGUUGCCUUUGCCAUCAUUUUUUUGACUUUCAGGCAACACAUUUUGCAAAUGGUGAAGAUCCGGUAUAGAUCUAGCCCAUAUUGAUAGAUCUAGACCAUACUGAUGUGGGCAGUGGGGGAGAGAAGCAAGGUACUGAGCCUCAGGAAAAGGUAUAGCCAAUACAGGAAGCUAGAGUUCCCUGGCCAUUGAUGUAAUUCUAACCACAAUGUGUGGCAGUGUUUUGAAAGAAGUUUUCUUACUAGUCUAAUUUGCUUGUGUGCUGUUGGCAGUCUUGAGCAGUGCACUGAGGGUACAGUGCAAGGUAAUAUUGUGCAAAUAGUACAAUAACUAUACAAAUAAGAAAGAAAAGAGUAGGAGCCUUACACUGAGAAUUAAUCAUGAUGAAG